UGGCCUCGUUUUGAUUUCUGGACAGCCAUAUUUACAUUAGCUGUGUUUUUAUAGUAAGUAUUUCUGUGCCAUACAACCCUCUGAGCUAUCGGAUUUUCGUACUGACCCGGGAAUCGCUCAAGGUGGACCUUGGGCCGCGGGCGACCGUUUAUCGACGCAGAUAUCUCGCUAUCUGAGCCGCCGCCGUCGCUGCGUCGAGCGGCACAAGAAAGAGCCGCAAGUCCACCUUUUCUCACGGUUUCUGUGGCACCCCAAGGGGAUGGAGUUCGGUUAGGGGGGUUGGGGGGCACUGCGGGAUAGAGGAGCGCUUCGUCUGAAUUGGGCCGCCAUGUUGUCCCCCCGAGCGGGGCAAAGGGGGUCCCGUGCACUCCAGCAACCAUGAGGGAGCAGCACCACCACCAUGGCGAGGGGGGGGGGCCAUCCGGCAUGGUCCCCCCAGGGGAGUCUGUCGAUGACGCACGCCAAGUGGGUGCUGGAGGCCAUCCGCAAGAUCAAGGCGCAGAAGCAGCGACCCUCCCUGGACCGCAUCUGUCACGUCGUGGCGCUGGCGCACCGCCUCGGGCGCGACCCCGUGGAGCGCGCCCUCGACCAGGCCGUGGCACGGGGCUUUGUGCUCAAGCUGAUGAGCAAGGGCCAGUGCUCCUACAAGGACGCAGAGACCCUGAAGCAGGCGCUGAAGAAGAAGGUGGUUGCGGGGCACCACCAGCACCACCACCACCAACACGGCGCACCGUCGGCAACCACCAACCACAAGACGCGGGCGGCGGCUGUGGCGGCAGCGGCGGCCAUCGGUGCCUCGGGCAGCCACCACCGGCGGCAGGACCUUACUCUGUACGUGAUCGAGGCCGUGCGCAGGCUCGGGGAACGGGAGGGCUCGACCCUGCGCGCCAUCCACAAGUUUGUGCGCCAGACUCUGGGCCUGGAGCCCCCCGGCGUGCGGCUGGCGGUGAAGCGCGCGGUGUCGGCGGGGCGGCUGGUGCGUGUGGGACGCUUGUACCGCCUGCCAGGAGACGACGAUGAGAGCGACGAGUCCGACAGCGACUCGGACGAGGACUGCGGGGGACGCCUGGCGGCCACCCAGAACGGGGAGGUGGGCGGCAGGGGCAGUCCGAACAAGCGGAGAUCCGUGUUGCACGGGCGAUGUAGCCUGUGCCACGGUACGCCAAGGAACAACAAGAACGGCGUGGCCGAGGAAAUCCUCUGCUGCUACUCCUGCAACUACCUGGCCCACCCGUCCUGCCUGAAGUACUCCCGAGAGCUGGCCCUGGUCCUCCUCAACACCAAGUGGCUGUGCUCCCAGUGCAAGACGUGCGCACUCUGUGGCAGCAGGGACGAUGACGAGCAUUUAUUAUGUUGUGAUGUCUGUGAUUCUCAUUUCCACCCUGGCUGUUUGAAGCCCCCACUGCACAGGGUGCCGAAAGGCCCCUGGAAGUGUUCGUCCUGCUCGAGCAGAAGGCUGAAGAGCAUAAAGUUUGUAAAUAACCUGGCAUCCAAAAUCAAGCAGCGCAACAAGCGGUUUCGGAACGGCAUGAUGCUGAAGCAAGGGGCGACCACACUAAAGGGUAAAAAGCAGGCGCCAGCUGCGAGGGGCCGGCCACCUAGGAACUGCUUUGCAACCUCGCGGUCGUCCCUCAAGAACGAACAUCGGAAAUCUCCCACUCGUGGUGCUCGCGACAGCUCUUCGGAAUUGCCGCCUGCCGUCUCGGAGAAGGAUCUCAAGACGUUCAAGAAAGCGCAGGAGAUAGCGUUGAAGACGAUGGGACAGGAGCUGGUGGUGCCGGACCACCAGACGAGGUGUCCCGCAGCCAUCGAGUUUGGCCAGUACGAGAUCCAGACGUGGUACUCGUCCCCUUACCCCCAGGAGUACGCCAGGCUUCCCAAGCUCUUUCUGUGUGAGUUCUGCCUCAAGUACAUGAAGAGUCGAAGCAUCUUGUCCAGGCACAUGCACAAGUGCACCUGGGUGCACCCCCCGGCCACAGAGAUCUACCGCAAGGGCGAGGUGUCGGUGUUCGAGGUGGACGGCAAUGUGAGCAAGAUCUACUGCCAGAACCUGUGCCUGCUGGCUAAGCUGUUCCUGGACCACAAGACCCUGUACUAUGACGUGGAGCCCUUCCUCUUCUAUGUCCUCACCCGCAACGACUCCAAGGGCUGUCACCUGGUCGGAUACUUCUCCAAGGAGAAACACUGUCAACAGAGGUACAACGUUUCCUGCAUCAUGACAAUGCCACAAUACCAGAGGCAGGGAUUUGGACGGUUCCUCAUUGACUUCAGCUACCUGCUGUCUCGGAAGGAAGGGCUGGCGGGCACCCCCGAGAAGCCCCUGUCUGACCUGGGCCGCAUCAGCUACGUGUCCUACUGGAAGAGCAUCCUUCUCGAGUUUCUUGACAGCUACAAGGACAACCAGAUAUCCAUCCAGUGCUUAUCCACAUCAACUGGCUUGAACAUCCAUGACAUUGCAACGACGUUGCAGCACCUCAACAUGUUCAAGAAGCAUCCAACAGAAAAGAAGCGGCUGAUGAUUCGAAUCGACAAGCGAGUCCUGGGCGAGCACAUGGCCAAGGUGAACUCCGGCAAGGACCGCAGGAUUGUCCUGGACCCAGAGUGUCUCCGCUGGACUCCGCUGGUCACCCAGCCGCAGUUCAGGGACGAGGAGGCCGAGGAGGAUGACGGGAAGAAGGAGGGCAAAGACGCGUCCGAGGACGUGAAGAGGCCCAAGGUGAUCUCCCCGACGGCCUCGGUGGCGGCCGAGCAGCGCAGCCAGAAGCAGCCGUCCCCCGUUAAGAAGCCCAGCCGACGCAGCCGCAGGCGCCGCAUGGCCCAGCUGGCCAGGGCGACCCGCAUGGCAAGGGCCGCCGCGGCGGAGAGGGCUGCGGAGGCGUCGGCGGAAGAAGCCCCCGCGCCCCUCGCCAACGGGCGCCCCGAGGAACCGGCGGAGGAGAAGCCUCAGGAGGUGGCCACUCCGCCGCCGAGGAAGCUGAGACGACUGUCGGAGGCGGCGGCCAAGGUGGCGACGGAGCCGGAGUCUGUGACAACGGAGGAGGAGACCCCCCGGAGGCUGAGGACCAAGGAAGCGUCGGCUCAUGCGGCGGCCGUUGCGAACGAGAGCGCACGUUCGACGGAUUCUUCGGGAGGUCAACCCAAGCGCCAUGCCCACGGCGGCAUGGUGCUCCCGCCCAAGAAGUCGCGCCGUGGCGUGCGUCUCAUCGGCAUGGACGUGAGCGAGCCCCCGGAGGCAACGACGGCGCAGCCCCCGGAUCCGGGGGCCGCACCCGAGGAGUCCCCGGGAGCCGGCAACGCUGCCAGGAGCCCCCGAGAGGCGGCGCCGGUUGCGGCCCCUCCACCGGCGGAGCAGACGCAGCCGCACGCGCCCGCGACACGUCGGCGAAGCACCAGAGUUUCGGAGAGUCAGCCGCAACUGAGGCCUCGGCGGAUGCGGAGCGUCGAGGUCCAGAAGCCGUCCCCGGAACAGCCCCCUCCCGUGCUGGCCCCCAAAGACGUCCCCGCUUUGGGGGUCGCCUCGGAGGCCCCUCCCGUGCUGGAGGCGUUUGAGAACGGCAGCCCCGGGAGGAAGGCGCCCCCUCCCAAGAAGAUCCCCAAGCGCAGGGGCAGACCACCCAAGAAGCAGUACAUUCCCGUGGAAUCUCCCAAGCCGGAGGAGGCCUCGAGCCCCGACGGCAAAGAGGCCGCCCCAGAGCCUGAGCCUGCUCCAGAACGGCCCCAAGACACUCCCGCCAGGAGUCCGGAAAAGGAAGACGUCAAAACGGCAGAACCGGAACAACCGCCGCCAGAGCAGCCACAAGCACCGUCGCACCCGGCGUCUCCCAAGUCGCCUGAGAAGGAACCAGACGCAGCCGCUUCGGUCGACGAGAGUAAAGAGCCGGAAGUCGAAGCACCUCAAAGAUCACCGAUCCCCGAGCUCCAGCCGAAAAGGCCCGCUCCGGAGGAAGCGGAGCCGAAUGCCAGAGAUGUCGGUGCGCCCGCGUCGUCAGAACAUGCUCCCGAGACACCCGCUGAAGAAGAGGAAGCGCAGCCGGAGGAGCAAAAAGACGUUGCGCCGCCAGAGUCACCGAAAGUGGAUUCCCCGCCGCCGCAGAAGGAACGAGAGUCGGUGGUGGUGGAGAACAGCCAGAGGGCCGCAAACGGCGGCGAGGGCGCUUACGGUGCUACGGAGUCACCGGAAGAGUCGGAGGAGCGCCGGGAACGCGACCUCCCGACGACAGAAGAAGACGGGCGCCCAAGUCCCGUCGAGGACCCCCGUUGCUACGAAGAGCGUCGCGAAGAGGCACGCGUCUGGGAGGAAGAGCACGGCAGCCAGGACUUUGCUGAAGGUGACGGGCAGCCGGAGACAGCGCGGCUGCCGGCGGUUCUGCUCCCAGCCGACUGCAUGGCCAACAACGCGUCGGUGAUCAGCACAAGCUCGCAGGAGAGCCAGGACAUUGUGGUGGACAACAACCUGUCCCCCGUGGUGCAGUUGCCGCCGACGCCCAUCACCCCGCAGACCCCCGGCUCGAACCCCCCGUCGCACCACACGUGCCUGUCGAACCAGUCGGUGUCCAGCUACGACUCAAUGCUGGGCCAUAGCCCAGCAGGGAUGAUGGGCUGCUCCCCGCACGACCUCACGAUGGACACCAGCAGCCUCAAGGCGGCCCCCCCUCCCCCCGAGCAGCAGCAGCAACCGCCGCCCCGGCAGCAAGCCCCUCCCGUCAUGCGCUACCAGGAACCUGCGCGGGAGGCCCCGGUGACCUCGCGGAGUGUGCCCCGCGACCCCAUGGAGUCUGUGCGGAUGGAGAUGAUGCGCGGGCGCAUGUCGGUGGGAAAGCCGGACCUGAGCUGCAUGGGGGUGUACACGCCGGACUCCUCGAGCAGCAGCAUCCUGUCGAGCGGCGGCUACGGCUCCAUGGAGCUGGACGUGAACCAGCUCCGACUCGAGUCGCCUGCUUCGAUGGGAAGCAGCGCAAGCGACAAUUCGAGCGCGCUGGACCACCUGUCGAGUCCCUACGCGGACUGCUCGCACGCACGGCCGCCCCAGGCGCACCACGCGUCCUCUCACACGUCGCACGCAUCGCACGUGUCGCACGCCGGCCACCAUCACCACUCGAGCCAGCACCACCACCACCGACAGGCGCAGCAGAGCUACUGCCGGCCCCUGCACCAGUCGGCGGCGGCCACGUCUGCCUCGCUGUCCCAAGGGGCCUUCGUGGCCGCGCAGGCGGCGGUGGCCCAGGCCCAGGCGCAGGCUGCCAGCCCCAUGACCUCCUGCCCGGGCUCGCCGGUGCCCGGCAUGAUGCAGGGCAUGGUGCUCAUGCCACCAGCCUCCAACUACAUGAGCAUCUCGGGCGGUGGUGGCCCUCCCUCGUACGUCAUGGGCAUGCCCAUGGGCGGCAUGAUGCCCUCGGCCGCCUCGGCGGCCUCCCAGCGCGGGUUUGCCGGCGCGCACGGGUAUGCGGCUUACGGCGCGGCCUCCAACGCGGCCUCGUGCAGCCUCGCCAAGCUGCAGCAGCUGACCAACGGCAUCAUGGACAUAGCCCCGGGCUCCCCGGGGCAGAGUGCUGCUGCCGCAGCAGCCGCCGCAGCCUGUGCCAUGACGCCGCCGCCCUCAUCGGCGACGUCCAGUUCGGCACGUUCCAUGGCGAGCGCCGCGAUGGCGCAGCACUACGGAACCAGCAACGCCUCUCCCAAGUACGGCUCGGGCAGCCACCGCUACCCGCGCAGUCCCAUCAACCCCAACCUGAUUGCGGGCUACCAGAACCUCAACGGGUACCGGCAGGCGGCGGCGGCAGCGGCGCAGUCGGCGCCUUACUUUCAGCAGGCAGCUCCGAUGCAGAUGAUGAACAUGCAGCCGCAGUAUCAGGAACAGACGCCCGCCCAAAACCCCCUGUACGCCUACGGCUACCUCGGCGGAAGUCUCCCCCCACAGACUCUGAAUUCCAUGAUGCGGCGGUAAUGAGGACUCCCGGCUUGUCGUCCAUCCCCCCCUCCCCUUUCGAACUCCCCGUGGGAUCCGUCUCUUGCGGCUCUCCGCCGAGCCGCCCUUUCGCGUUUUUGCGGGAGUAGUGUCUCCUCGUUUUGUACAUAUUGCCGUUAAGGAAAGAAAAGACCUGUGAUUUUUCUGUUUUUCCGUUUCCCGUCCUCCUCGUACCCCUCUUUGUGUCGACAGUGCGAGCCUGGGUUCGUUGUACAUAGCGUAGUUGUUGCGUGCGUCGGGUGGGAUUAAUGCCGGUCGGACGAGCGGGCCGCGUUUCCAAUGGACCAACCACCUCCUCUGUGUGUUUUUUGGUGGAUGCUGUCGUUGGCCGCGAGGUUUCCGCUCCUGCGGGUGCGAGCGUCGGUGAAUGGAGUGGGCCGUCUAGUGGCAAGGAGAAGUGCGUUGCGAAGGGCUCCCUGUGUUUAGGUCGGACGGGACAGCCCGUUGUCAACAGUCUCCAAGUCUUUAGCUCCGUUGCAUUGUGUUAUUCUGCGUCUUGGUUUUCCGCGUAACCUGGAGUCGCUGGAUACUUUCUGCGUAUCCGUCGUCCUUUGCCAACCGUGCUUGUCCACGUGCCAGUUGCUGUCACCAUUCAUUUUCUCUCUCUGUCUCUCUCUCUCGUUGCUUCGGACUUUGUUGGGAGUUCGAAUUUGUGUCUGGUUCGGGUGUUUCCAAUUUUGCGUGCAUGUGAAGUGUUACCAAAGGCAGAAAGCUCAUGAUCGAUGGGGUGCAUCUAUUCUUAAUCUGUCAGUGGAUACAACAUGGAAAAUCAUCCUGUUAUUCUGGGAAUUUAUCUGGCGACUCUGGCUUAACCUUGCACGUUUCGGCCGCUAUUCUGGCACUUGCAUUUCGUCGUUUUUGAUUACUUAAAGCAAAUGCGUGCCAUUGUUUUUUUGUUUUUUUUUGCAAAUUCACCAUUUGUUACAUUAAUUACAUCAUUUUGUACCAGCACUCGUACAAAACUGCACUUUUUUUUUUUCUUCUUUAGGCACUUGCUUGAAGGUGGGUGUACUUAGCAUUCUGGUUAGCAGUUGUUCAGUGUGGCCCCUAUAUGUGUAGAGGACAAUGAACCCAUCAGAUUUCUCAGCUUCCCUGUAACAAAUGUAUCUACCUCCAAGUGUCGUCGGGCAAAUGAGGAUUGUCCUCUGGGCGCCUGUAUUGCAGACUGCUGCCGACACAUUCCUUGGAAUUUAGCGUUUCAUUCAAAACAGGAGUGAUUUCAAAACGAGCAAUUACUAAUUCUCUAAAGUAUACCACAAGUGCCUUGUUAAUUUUGCAGCUGUACGCGUUAACAACCUAGAUGCAUGUAGCACUCCAUAGCUAUGUUCAGAGGUCGGUUGAUCUUUUGUUCAGUGCUGUUUGUGCAUUGGCGUGUCUGGCAAGUACUCUGUCCUCGAAGCAACUUUGCCGUCUUGCAUAACCUAAGAAAUCUAUAUAAAAAUGGGAAGGGCCGACACGGCCCCCUUGGGUAUAGAGUAAGCAAAAAUGUUCCAUAAUAUUUACCGACAUGCAUUAGCUGUGUACAAAAUAUACCCUGAACUUUGUUGCCUCCAAAAGUCAUAACCCUCCGCUAGCGCCGCAGCAUGUUUUACUUGUACCGUAAUUUCUGCAGUGCUGCUGUUUUCCAGUUAAGUAUUGGCGUCCCCCGGGUGGUGAGAUUUUCUUUCUGCGUGUGUUCGACCUUACUCAGUGGAUCGCUACACUCUUAAGGGUGCACUAAAAACUUUUCUGAGAUUGUCUGUUCUUGGUGAUAACUCAUUCUAUGGGAUUUUAGCAUUCCAGAAAUCGAAAAAUUAUGCUCUUGCAACAUCUAUUUUCCCACUGAAAAUGUGAUUGAAGUUUGUGCCACGCCGCAUUCUAACCGGAAAAAUCUGGAGCUCAGAAUUCAGCGGAGGCGCCGGCGACAUGACGAUGGGCGCACAAUAGCCAAUCGUAAGCCCCCUUUCCGAGAGAGGCGGCUUGCGACUGGCUUGUGCGUGCCAAUCAUCACGCCGCCAGCGCCUCCGCUGAGUUCUGUGCUCCAGAUUUUUCCGCUUGGAAAGGGAUAUGGCAUGACCGACCUUCUUUCACAUUUUUAGUAGGGAAAUAGACGUCACACGACCCUAAUUUUUGGAUUUCUAGGAUGCUUGGGGCCUGUAAGAUAAGUUAUCACUAUGAACAGGCAAUCUCAGUAACGUCUUUAGUGCACCUUUAAGACUGACAUUGCGUUUGGCCUUGACACAUUGAGAAUGUAAGGAUCCUUUGGGCUUAAGAAAAACACAAAAGCAGCAUUUCAUUCUAAACCAGUGAAAUGCACAAAAAACAAUGUCAAAACACAAACUGCUUACCACCUGUAUGAGCUGCCCCUCGCACUGAGAAUUGAGUUCCGUGCAAAACUUGGCAUUUAUGACAAUGUAGUAAGCCAAAACGACGCAUUGCAGAUGGUUGGUCCUCGUAUGGAAUGUGUGCAGGUUUCCCAUGUAUUUUUCCUGCGUGCUUGUACUACAAUAGAGCAGAAAUUGAGUAUCUGAAGCUAUUUUGUGAGUUAUUUAUUUAGCUAAAUUGUUUAACUAUUAUCAAGGAGCACUUACUUGGCUUGCAGUGAGCAUGUGAUGUUUUUGAUAUGCUUUUUUACGGUUAAUUUAAUGGUUUUAGCUUGUUCGUCUUUUUCUUUGCUACUUUCAACGUUAUACAAUGCCGUAGGGUGUCGUCGAGUAUUAUUUUAUUGCCCCGAGUCGCUUGAAGACGAAGCUAGAGAUAGUGUGCGAACUUGUCGAGUCGAGCUCUUUCAGUGAUGUGCUUCAUAUUUAUCUGUUUCCGCUCGGAUCUCUCUCCUCCUGGCUCUUGCACCUUAUCUUUUAGAGACGUACCCAUUGCCCCCACCCAGACCUUUAAGAAGAAACUGAAAUGUUAUGUAGUACGUUUCUUACCAGGGUUUUGCUGUAAUGAAAAAGCUACUACAGUUUGACCGAAAUAAAGGUAAAACAAAAUGCA